AUGAGCGACUAUUUUACAAGAACGUCAGAAGACAUGAUCGACGCGCCACCACCUGCUUAUGGACCUGCCUCUGUUCAUACCCCAUCCACGAUCCUUAGCGUCGACACAUCCACACAGUCAAGGCCGUCAAGCUCGACCAUAUCGUUAUACUCGCCUAUAUCAGAUGCCGGGACUUCCAGCAUUCAUUCGGCUGAGAGCGUCGGAACACGCUUUGCACAUUCGGAGAGCGUUGCCAGCAUUUUCAAGUCCUCACCACCAUGUUUUCAGCGUUCUCCACCGACGUCACUUCCCUACCCGUCGUUCGAGCCGAUCGUGCUCUAUGCAUUGUGCAACGAACUACAGAAAGGGUUUCCGCCUAUCCCGCCGGCUUCGAUGGCUUCUCCACAUCCAUUUGCGACGCACGAUAUUAGUGAGGAAGAUUGGCUACGCUUCUUACAGGAUGUGAAAGCCGGGGGUGCAUUAGCACCUGUGAGCAAGAUUGUAUCUGCCGUGGCUCCAAUGGCACGAUGCAUUCCUCUCCCUCUUGCUGGUAUGUUGGUGUCAAAGGGAGUUAGCCUCCAUAUGAAGAGCAGGAAGAGAGGGCCUGUAGGGGAAGUUUUGGAACACUGGAAUCGGCAUUUCUUUCAUCGUCGCAUGGUACAUAUCGUCCUUGCGCAGGGUAAGAUCAGCUAUUCGGGACCAGAGGCACUGCCGCCCGACAUGGUACGAGCGAAAUCGGGGUUAAAGACGUCCACGAGAGAAUACAGCGAUGAUGAGAGCGAAGACGACGACGCUGCUUCUAUCAUCGUCGACGAGGCUUUGCAGAAAGGGGGUGACUGGGUAGCGGCAUACAAAAAUCAAAAGAAACGAAGACGGGACUGGAGUCGGUCAACCGAGGAGAAAUGGCGUCUGGUAGUUACGUUCAGAGAUUUUGUUCUAUAG